AUGCCACCUGAAUGGACCUCAAUUUGCAACACUUGCAGCCAGAAAUUCAAGAGCUAUGGACUUGUUGCCUACCAGAAGGCCUGCAAGAGGGAUGCCUUAUGGAUGCAGGAAGAUCAUGAGAGACAGAAUGCUCAAGCAGGCUCUAAUACAGCUCCUGCUAUGCAUGAAUUUACUUAUGACCCGUAUGUAAAUCCUGAUGAAGGUCUACCAUUCACAGUGCCGCAAGAGGCACCAGAUGAUCAUGUCCUGCCACCUGCAUUCCAGCAGGAUGACAUCAGGACAGAGCAUCAUCCAUUACCUGAAAAUACUAUUCCCUGGGAACCGUUUGCCUCACACAUUGACUCCAAUUUUGCUGAAUUGAUUCUGAAAGCCAAACUUACGAAACUGCAAAUGAAUGAGCUUAUUGGUCUCAUCCGUUGCACUGUACUUGAAAAAUUCUCAGUUACUAACUAUGACAGCAUUUGUAAGAUGUGGGAUGUAGCAUCUCCCUGUCAUGCAAAUUUCAAAAAGAAAGUGAUUUCGGUCCCACAUAGGGACCAGGAGCACAAUUUUAAUGUUUGGUAUAGGCUGCUCUGGGACUGGGCCUGUGACCUGUUGAAAGAUCCUUGCCUUGGUCUGCAUUUCAUGUUUGAUGCUCAGUGGUUGUACAAGUACGAUGGACAAGACUUUGUGCAUUUUUUUGAUGAGCCAUGGGUGGCCAAUGCCUUCUGGGAUAGUCAAAAAGCAUAUCCUGUCAUUGCAAAUUCACCUGUCAGAAUAUGCAAUGGUGAGGGUUUUGGUGGUGGUCGCCUCAUAGGCUGGCUUCCAAUUGUUGAAGAAGAGAGACAAUAUUCUAGAACUCAGUCCUUCGUCAAUUUCAAGAAUGUCGUCUGGCAUGAAUCAUUUAAGUGCCUUCUCAAAUCACUCACACUACUCUCGAAAACUGGUUUUUGCAUCAAGUGUUGGGAUGGUAUCAGUGCAGACUAA